UUUAAGCAUCGAUCAACCAGCAAGGAUUUCUUGUAGUUUUGGCCUCUUCGGUAACUCAGCCAUUUCUCCGCUCGAAAACUUCGAAGCGAGGAAAUCUUCGAAGUCCAAUGGAUUCAAAGCUAUAGCAGACACCGCUCCAGCACCUCCUGCAAUAGUUAACUUCUUCACCAAAUCCCUUUACCUCGGCAUUUUCUCUCUUCUUCUCUUCCCUUUCACUCUCGCCCUGUCCAGAUAUUCUGAUCACAUGUCGUCGAUUCAGUUCCUUCCGCCGGCGAACUACACGGUCGCGGUGGAGCUAGGGUUUCGUGAUUCUCGUAGCAAGAGAUGCUGGAGUGCCGGCGCGGGAUUUUCGAAGAGGUGGUGUCCGCGCAUGCGGUCGAUUCGGGCCGAGACAGCGGCGGAGACGUUCGGGAGCCGGAAAGGGGAGAGCUUGGGACCUAAUGGCGAGUGCGAUUGCGACAUUCCGGGGAGAAGUGCUCCUGCCCUUUCAAAUGUGGGGAACUCAACAAAUAUUGCAUGGCAUGAAUGUCCUAUCGGAAAACUAGAAAGGCAAAUUUUACUCAAUCAGAAAGGAUGUGUGAUAUGGAUCACAGGUCUCAGUGGCUCAGGCAAAAGCACACUGGCUUGUGCCCUUAGUCGAGAACUAUAUGCCCUUGGAUAUCUUUCUUAUGUGCUUGAUGGUGACAACAUUAGACAUGGUUUAAACAAAGAUCUUUGUUUUAAAGCUGAGGAUCGCGCUGAAAAUAUACGCAGAAUUGGUGAGGUAGCAAAACUCUUUGCUGAUGCUGGUGUCAUAUGCAUAGCUAGUCUAAUAUCUCCCUAUAGAAGAGACCGGGAUGCAUGUCGUGCUAUGCUGCCUGAGUCCAUUUUUAUUGAGGUUUACAUGGAUAUAUCAUUGGAGGUUUGUGAAUCAAGAGAUGCAAAGGGCUUGUAUAAGCUCGCACGAGAAGGAAAGAUAAAAGGUUUUACUGGUGUUGAUGAUACUUAUGAGCCACCUUUGAAUUGUGAGAUAGUUAUCGCACCAACAGAUGGAGAGUGUCCUCCUCCAGGCACCAUGGCCAAGCAAGUGAUUUCAUACCUUCAUGAGAACGGAUUUCUGAAGGCUUAAAUCUUUGGGUUCGUGUGUCCACAUCUCGUUGACACUGAUGAACUAACCCUCUUAUCACUUAAUAAUGAAAAAGAAAAAAGAAAACAACAAACAUCUUUGGCUCUGCACAGUAGUCCUUUCUUUCACGAAAAAUUAUUAUGUGCAGACGUCGAACGCCCUCCGGAGAACAAUCAGAAUGCGCCCUUCAUUCUUUGCUCGGUAUGCAGCUUGAUAUGCUGGCGUGAUUGCACCUAAUUCACCUCCGGACGUAGAGCUGCAUCCGUCGUCCACACAGAAUAAUUUCUCUUCUUUCACCAACUGCUGUAGGUAUAAUUUGUGUAUAAUUAUUAGGAUAUUGCAGAAUAAAAUGUUUUUUUUUUUUUUAAUUUAAGAUUAGAUCAAUCUUUGUAUGCAAUUCAAUGUAUACCAGUUAGUUGCUGCAUAAGAAUUUUUUUGUAUUAUCUAUUGGAAUAAAAGAUGGUAGAAUCAUCUGUGAUGUGUAAUCAUAUGAGGGGUUUUUAUUUGUAAAAUUUCUGACAUUUGGAAUAAAGGAUUGGUUUGGCAAUCAUUUUUCUUC